UCCGCGACCGGGAUCGGUCCCUGGGGAUUAUCCCUCCGGGCGGCGGGACAUCGUGGGCGGGAGCGCGCUGGGGCCAUGCUCGCGCCCCAGGCAGCCGAUUUGUGACUGGCUUUUAGACGUUCCCACGACGUGUCCCCCCUCGCCUUUCUCCGAGUGCCCGCUCUGCACACACCUCUCUAUCCGUGGGCCAGGCGAGAGCAGGCUCGCUCUGGCGGCUUUUGGGGAGAAGCCGUGAGUCCCGGGGUGCAGUGACGUUUCUUUGCGGAAGGGCGGAUGGAGGGACAGCGGGACGGUCAGGGCCCUGGUGGACGUGGUGGAGGGUUCGGCGCGUCUGGGGAGGGCUGCGGGCUGCGAGGCUGAGCACGGUAAGGGCGGGUCCACAGCCCCAGCCGGCCGAGUUCCUGGAUGCCCUCCAGCGACGGUUAGGUGCCUAGGCGGGAGAUGGGGAAGCUUUCUAGGAAUCAGUGCUCGGGACAAUAACCUUUCGUGAGUGCUUCCUCUGUGCCCCGCAUGCUGUCGUUCGCUUCCGUGCAGUUGCAUCCGACACAGGAAAUUUUGUGAAAUCGACGCUAUCAUCAUUUUCAUGUUACAGACAGAAGCGCUGGGUGUCAGGCUCACAAAGCGAGCAGGUUAUCCCACCUGGAUGGUCUGCCGCUAAAGUCCAGGUUACCAUCACGAUAAGGGGUGAUAGGGUCACAGUGUACAUUUGGGAUGACUAGAAGGGAUGAUUUGGGAUGAUUAGGAAGAUCAUGAGUAUUUUUUUCUUUGUCCCACUCCAGGGAAGAGGACAGGUACAGAAGACAUCUUGGCAAAUGCAGAGAGAGUACCUAUAGCUUAGGGUGGGUGCUGGUAUUGAGACUCGUGUGUGACCACGUGGGUGGCCUCAGGGAUUGACCUAAGAACAUUUGGAUGUUUUUAGACAUGAGCAUUGCAAGGGUCUAUCCCUUCUAGCUUUGUCACCAUUUUCCUCUGGCAUUUCCUGGAUGACAUGAGACAGAUUAUUCAGUCCUCCUAAACCUCUGUCCUCAGUCCCCUCAUCUGUAUUUAGGGCAUAAUACUAGUCCCCACCCCCUAGCUCUGGGUGAGGGCCAUAUGACCUAAUAUAUGCAGGAGGCUUAGAACAGCACCUCGACAGAGAGCCAUGAACGUGAUCGGUGUCCUUUGUUAUUAAUGUAGAACAGAUGGCUGGUGGCCUGUCCUGAUGCAGUGCAUUUUUCUCACGAGAAAGCCACUUGGCAUGCCAUAGCAGGAUGAGGGUCAUGCUGAUAUUGGCUGAAGUACACACGCCUUGAGUGGAGAAGAAGGAAGGAUUUUGGAUUUGCAGUCUUUGGAGGCGUGGCUGUAGCCAAGAUGCCUGUGAUUGACGGUGACCAAGGGUUACUCAGAGCCGUAUGGACUUUCAGGGUGUUCCCCAGUGUUUUAAGUAUUGAUCCCUAUUUCUUUUGUGGCCUGUAUAUAUUCAGAAACACAGGACAGCCCAUGUUAGACUGGGAGUGGGGUGACAGGCCACCAGAUGUAUAGGGGUUCAUUUAAGGGAUGGGGUUCUUAGCCUUGUGCCCAUGGAAUUUCAAAGCCCAGUUGUGGCUUUGAACUAUAAUAGAACUGCAGUUAUGUCUAUGGAACACUUGAAAUGUGGCCAGUAUGAAUGAGAAACUGAAUUUUUUUAAUAAUAAUUCAUUUAAACUGAAUCUGCCACAUGGGCCUUAUGACCACCAUAUUGGGCAACACAAUUCUAGAGGGUCCGCGGAUGUUCUAGAACAUUUUGUAAAAUUUUUAAAUUGGAUGUGUAUGUGUGUGUUUUUCUAGGAAGUGAGUCCAUCAGCUUCUCAAAACUACCAAAAGAUUAAGAUGUGCUGCUUUAUGGUUUCGGCAGAACGUAAGCAAGUUAAGGGAGGCCUCAGAAAGAUUCCAUAGAGACGCCCAGGGGAGCCUGGGUCAACAAGAAGAGGCGUGGGGUAGGGAAGCGGAUGGCCCAAGAUGGACAGCUCUCCUUAUUGGGAGCCACAACAGCAACCACAGACACCAGAAUCAGAUGCUGGUAUGUGCUCACAGCCAGCCAGGACCAGUAAUCCAAUGGCCAACAUUCAAACACCAAGGAAGACAAGAAAGCAAAGGGAAUGAGUCUGUCCUUUGGCCACAAUCAUCUUGUUUCCAGCUGCCAUGGGAGACCAGGAGAGGAGGUUCCUGGCACACUCUGCACUCUCAGGAGCCCCUCACACAGGACGUCAGACGUUGCAGCUUGGGCCCCUCUUGACCGGACGGCAAGAACAGAGCUGCUGACAUCCACAGCCCAAGAUCCUUCUGAGAUCCCGGGGAGAGAUAGGUGCCCACGUGCCCAACGACGUUCCUGAAGCGAGCUCGGUGGUCUGAGAGGGAACAAGGCAGAUAAAGCGAUCUCUGAGGACUACCCUGGAAACAGGAGUGGUGCUCCUUCGUGAAGCCGUCUGUGGCGUCAGCGAGUCAUGGAGAAAGAAAAGCCUGAAGUGAAACCCAGCACACCCGCACCCAGCGACGAGGAGAAGACAACUAGACCCUCAAGACGCCCCAGGCCUUCCCAAAAUAUCCUGUGCUUUUUACUGAAUAGGCAGCUGGGGAGGCACAGAAGUGACGUGGACCUGUCCAUGUGGGUGUGGAUGCUGGACUGAGCCACGCCCCGCUGCAGGUGGCCCCUUCCAAACAACCAUGGGUCUUGCCUGCUCACCCCCACCCCCACCACCUCUUGAAAAUGGGAAAGAAAAAUUGAUUUAAAAUAACAAACACCUCUCUCGUGUCAGCUCUUGAAAUAAAAGCUGCGUUUUCCUC